UUGAUCGUUUCGCUUCGCGGCAUCAUGAAUCAUUUGCAAAUAUCAACCGAUCCGACGCUGCUCGGAGCGGAUCUGUUACCGGAGUCGCUGACCACGUCCCCAUCGGUGUCGACGUUUCUGCCCGAGGAGGACGCCUCAACGUGUUUGUUGCUGCCCGAGACACCGAGUCCUCCGUUGGAUUUUUCGCAUCCCCUAACACCCAGCAUGGGGAACGCCGCGGAUAACCGGGGCGUCACCGGGGACGACGAUCCGACCGGGGAAACGAGCAGUUCUUCGGGAAGUUCGGGUAUCGGUAUGGUCGGAACGGUCGGAGCCGGGGCCGGCAAUCUGUUCAGCCACAACACGUACCAGCAUCUGCGCAAGAAGAGUGACGUCGCGAAGGUGCCGGACGGAUCGAUGCAUCACGCGGCCAGUCUGGGGAUCGCCGUCACGAAGGAUAUGCCCGGGUUCGUGCACUGGAAUUGGCCGCUCAUCCGGAAGUGCACCUUUUUCGGGUUCCUCACCGUGAUCGUGGCGAUGGUCGGCAUUGUGGUGGCCAUGAUUGCCACCCUACCGAAGACCUGCAAUCCUCCGGCGGCAUGGUACAAGGGCUCGGUGUUUUACGAAGUGUUCCCGGCCAGCUUCCAGGACACGAACGAUGACGGGUUGGGCGAUAUCCGGGGGCUGAUUGCGCGCGUCGAGUACUUCCAAACGCUCGGCAUCGCUGCGGUCCGGCUGAACUCCAUCUUUCCCUCGAAGCACUACCCGGACCACUUCCAGGAGGUGACCUCGCUCGUGGAUGUUGACGGUGUGCUGGGCAAACUGGAGGACGUCCAGAAGCUGACGGCCGCGCUGCACGAGCGCAACAUUUCACUCAUCCUCGAUCUGCCGAUCUAUCCGUUCCUCGGCCGACUCAGUCCACCGACGCUCGACGUGGACCAUUUACCGAACCGUACCGACGGUGGUGUGACCGCCAGCGAGUUCCUGCGCCUGUCCCGCUCGGUCACGGCCGGCCAUCCGGCGGAGGGUAACGCAAUAUCGGACGUGCUCCGUUUCUGGCUUACCCGGGCCGGCGUGGACGGGUUCUACGUGAAGGGCCUGGAACACUUUGCCGACGAUCCGCUGUUGGUGGAGAACGUCAAGGAGUGGAAGUAUCUGCUCGGCCCCGAUCGGGUGCUGAUGGUGAGCCAGAAGCUGGUGGAGCUGCUACCGGAGCGGUCCGUGCGGGACGUCCUUUCGCAGGUCGAUCUGGUCGAUACGUACCUGGACGUGGCCAAUGGCACGGAUGCGAUUGCCAAAGUGGUACGCGAAGCGAUCGGUGGCAAGUUGCUGCGCGGUGUCGACGACCAUCCGUGGAUUCACUGGAGCCUGGGAAGUGUCUCCGAGCGGCGCCUCUCGUCGGGGCUUAGUCCAAACGCUACGCUGGCGGCCACCCUACUGGAACUGACGCUUCCCGGCACGGUCAGCAUCUUCUACGGGGAUGAGAUUGCGCUCGAGGAAGCACACGAUCCGACCGACGAGCACGGUGACACCCGGCACCUGCACCAUCUGGCCGGGAUGGUGUGGGACAACGCACAGAACCAGUUCACCAGCCGGGGAACGUUGCCCUGGUUGCCGCGCAGUGCUUCCGCUUCGCUGCACCACCUGGACUACGUGAUCGAAGCGAUCGCUCUGCGUCGCCGAUCGCCCUCGAUCUACCUGAAUGCGGUCGUCAAAGAACAGAAGGUGCUACCGAACGCGGACGUGAAAUCGAACCAGAACGACAUCCUUAUCGUGCAGCGAUGGUACCCACGGCGGAACUCGUUCGCUGCCAUCGCCAACCUGGGCCCGAAACGGAUCUCGCUCGAUCUGACCGCCAUGUUCUACAGUGGGGAGAUCAUCGCCGGUUCGUCGCUCAAACACGAACGAGUCUACUUUGAUCGGUUCGAAAUCAGCCCGCUGGAAACGAUCAUUGUGAAGCUGCACAAGUAGACUGGAGGCUGUGCGACGUACGAGCUACUUGGAUGCCAAAACAGUAUCCAACACCAUCGUCCCACCUCGUCGCUAGGGGGCGAUAGGCUUGCUUUGAUACGCGACAAAAGAAUAGACACCGCCGACACCGUGUUGAAUUGUGUAUUGUUUUAUUAGAUCUCUAGAUUUUAUUUUCAUUUGCUGGUUGCCUACCUAAACAUAGAAAAAGAUAUUAAUCGUAGGUGUCUGUAAUUGUAAAUGUUGGAAGUUUGUUAAUCCGAAACAAACGAAUAAAUUUGAAUUAUCAAUAAAAAAAAUUACACCACAAGUCCUAAUCUCGCGCGCCGUCGUCUAGAAUUACAAGAGUACUAACUAACUUCUGAUGCGCAACGCUGGGCCGAUCCUAUUAUACGCCUUUCUUCUCUUAACGCCUGCCUUCCUUAGGAAUGGAUGAAGAAUGGGAACCGUUCCCCGUUUUCAUAGAGAGAAAAAAUAAGAGUUGCGCCUUACGAAGCCUAAAACGAAUCCUAUUCCACUAAAACCCACGCCACCGCGCGUACGGCGGACCCAUUAAAUAAGAGCUUUACAAACUAAUAGUACCUCUCUCCUCUCUAACGCCUAAAUCGCUCGCUGCGCCUGUCUGCGAUUGUUCCUUCCUUAUUCUCUCUCUGUUUCCCCGUAAAACCCAAAAAAAUGAAGCGA